CACGACGACUAUCCGUGAUACUACGCCGCGCCCUCACGCAUUAUCAACCGAGGCGCAGCAUUCGUGCGAGAGUUGUUGCAGAGUUUCAAGUUGUCUUAUUUGUCGUGGACACUAUAGCGACGCAGCGAGCCAAGCAAGAUGGACGGCGUGCACCAACAGGGUAGAUCGUCGCAUGCGCCUGCACGACUAGGUCAUGUCCUACCUCAACACCAGCAACGGCGUCUUGACGGUUCGUCUGCCCCUUAUCAUGGUGGAAUACAUCUCACAUCAGUAUCAGCAGAAUCUUGGAUCGAAGUUUCAUCGCAGCCUUCGUCGUCAUCCCUCUCGAGCAUCGGCGACGAGAUCGUGACCACGGGGUUGCAAGUCAACUCACAACACAGACGACGGCGGGUGCCAGCGUCGGCGCGAUCACUCCCGCAAGAGCGCACGGCCAUGUAUGUCGGCUCGAGCAGCCAGGAGGACAUCGACUCGAGCGAUAACGAUGACGAGGAUAGGCGACUCGCCAGCUCUGCGGAGAACAUUGCAUCGGCGCCCGAGGAGGACGAAGAGGAUGAUUCAUCCGAAAACGACGACGACGACGAGUCCGAUGAUGGCGACAACGCCACGGCUUUGGGUGGGCGCACAGCGGAUCGACCGAUCUUUCAGCCACAGCCAAAUGCCUUCUCGCACCCUCCAAGCCACCCCCAGAGGAGUUACUCUACCAACGCCGCAACGUCGUCCCACCCGCACAGCAGCUUCACGAGGCCGUCCUUCUCACAGCGCUCGCAGACGCGCGUGCACCGUGGACCGCAGUUCAUGUCGCCGUCGUCCCGCGAGGACAAUGAUGAGGCGUUGCGAGCGUCCCUGACGACUCUGUUGUCGUGCGCCGCUGCGGCACGAGGACUGCCCAAGUCCAAGGAAGAGGCAGAGGCCCAGAGGAUAGCCAGGAACGACGUGGGAGGAAGCAAUCAGCCCAUGGAUCUGCGUCUCGUCCCUGAGUCUGAGCUGAUGGGCGAGGACGAACCAGCGCUGCAGGCCCCGGGCGAUUCGUCACGUAGAAAGAGAUCCUCUCCCGCACGAUCACCCUCGCGAGACGAUGGGAAGAUCAAGAGGAGCUCCUCGGCCCGGGCGUCCAAGAAGAAGAAGACGGCUGUUGUCGAGGAUGAGACGCUUGUGUCACCCACGCUACUUACCUGGGUCGUGAGCGCAGGCGUCGUGGUGCUCGUGUCUGUCGUGGGCUUUGGUGCAGGGUACGUGAUUGGGAGGGAGGUUGGGCGUCAGGAGGGCCUCUCUGCUUCGGUCGGCGGAAUGAACGACACGGCGUCGUGCGGUCGGGAGGCGAUCCGGGGAUCGUCUGGAACCCUGCGACGAUUCAAGUGGAGCAGCGUGGGGAAGAGCAUCGUGGCUUGAGAAGCGGUUUGUGAUGAGUUGAACAAGUCAUGCCUGAGGGAGGACAGAUACCCCUGUUGGGAAACGAAUGCCUCAUGGAGACGAAGAUUACGUCGGCGUUAUAGGGCACAUGGUUGGCGAUUUUGCCAACAAGGUCUAGCUGCGACAUUUGCAUGGAUAGGUUUGGUUAGGUCUGGAGUUUAUAGCAUGUCAGUCAAGGAACAUUAUUUAUAGCACAAGACGUGGCUUCAAAAUUGAGUGCAUCAACCCGUCCCCAAGACAAAGCUGACUACCCUAGACCAGCGAGGAUAAGUGCUGUGGACCCUUGAAACAAAAAGUUGACGUCGGCGGCCAUGAUGGAGGGGUUCACAAUUAUUUGGUGGGGUCUGCGGGCGGCAACGACAAUC